AUGUCACAGAUUAAAGUUUCAGGUCGAGAUAUUACAAAAGGAACACUCAAAGCUAUCAAUGUGGUCGCCAAUGCAACACCUUUUGGUUCCUUGAUAUCAGGAAUAACUGAGCUUAUUUCUGAAAUUACCCAAAUUUAUGAAGCAGCUCAAUGCAAUAAAAAAAUUUGUAACGCAUUGUUAGAUCGUGCAAAAAGUGCUGAGCUUGCGCUUGAAUCGUUAAACAGAAGGAGACAAGGAAGUGAAGAAAAUUUUCGCAAAAAAGAAUAUUAUCAUGCUUUCCUUAGAUUCGAGAUGGUACUGCAACAAAUUAAAGAUUUUGCUAUAGAUGUUUCACAACUUCAAGGAUUUGAAAAAAUUUUUAAAGCAAACUUAGUUUCGGAAAAAUUUACACAAUUAACAAAUGACUUUGACGAAGUGAUGAAAGAUUUAAAUUUUACAAUGGCCAUAUCGAGUGAUGAGCAAAGGAUAAAUGACCAGAAAAAUCUAAAGGAAGAUCUUGAUGAAAUGAAAAAGUUCUUUUUAGAAUUUGAAGAGCGAAAUAACAAAAAAAUUGAUAUAUUAAUUGAAAAAGUUUCAAUUAUGAAUAAACAAAUAUUAAAUAAAGCUAAUGACAGUACAUCAAUGAUUAAUGAAAUUAGAACACGACAAAUUGCACAAAGCGAGUUAAAAGAUCCUUUUCCGGGACAGAAGGAUGACGUCAGAGGUGCAAUCUUUAAGAAAGUAUUUGAAGAAUGCUCCGAUGUUGCCUGUAAACCAGUUAACCUUCCAAAGGAAGAACCGAAACUUACAAAUUUUGAAUAUGCUCGUCCUAUUACAGAAGAAACGUCUCAAAUCUCUAAUUUAUCAAAACUCCUUAAUUGGUUAGCACCAGAAAAAAUGAAAGGUCAUGCAAAUUAUGUUAAGGCUGGUUAUUCUUAUGGACUCCUUCCAAACAAAACCAUAGAUUUAAACGGAAUGGAUAAUGUUUACAUCGAAACGACAAUGCCAGACAUUGAAUUCAAAGAAUUAGAAUUUGAUAAUAAUACUUUUGAAACUAUCUUGCCUCUUAAAGAAGGCAUUAAUCUUCAUAAUAAAGGUGAUGAUGAAAGUAUGCAAAAAGCUUGGCGAUGUUUUGUAGCAAAUGCAGAUAUUGGAAAUCCUAUGGCAAAAUUCUGGAAAGGUUAUUAUCUAUCUAAGGGCUAUGUUACUGAUAAAAACCUAGAAGAAGCCAAGGUACUUUUUAAGAAAGCAGCUGAUUAUGGCCUUCCGGAUGCUCAAUUACACUAUGCGUUUACCUUAAUUGAAGAUAUGAAGGAUCAAGAAAAGCAAAAGGAAUAUUUAAAAUAUUUGAAAUUAUCAGCGGAUCAGGGAAAUAAGGAAGCAGAGUAUCAUUUGGGUAAAUUGUAUUUAAAGGGAAGUAUCGUUGAAGCCGAUCGAGAAAUUGGAUUAAAUUAUUUAAGGCUGGCAGCUUUGAAUGACCAUGUAAAGGCUCGAGAAUUUAUAAAAAAAGAAAAUAUUGACAUUUAA